CUUUCUCCAAUGGCCUCUUCAUCGUUCAAAGCACUUUCAGGAGUAGCUAGAGCACGUAUUUGUCGUCCACCGAGAUCAACAGCUCUUGUGGCGGCUGCUCGCAACCUCAGCUCUACAUCGAGGUGCUCCGCUCACCAUGGAUCUACUUUUGCCACUGCGGCCGGCGUACGACCCACGACAUCCCCUACGACAAGUCGGAUAAAUCCUCCCUUAUCGCGCUCAAUGUUUAUUCAGACCGAGACAACUCCAAAUGACGAUUCUCUGAAGUUUAUCCCUGGCGUUACUGUCAUGGAGUCAGGCUCUGCAGAAUUCCUCGACACCCGAUCAGCCCUCACAUCACCUCUUGCCAUUCGUCUCAUGGGCAUCGAAGGCGUCAAGACCGUCUUCUAUGGCCCCGACUUCGUCACUGUAUCUAAAGACUCCGAGAACCCAUGGAGCGUCCUUAAGCCCGAAAUCUACUCUAUCCUCAUGGAGUUCUUCUCCUCUGGGCAGCCAUUAUUCCGGUCGGAAGAAGACAGGGAGAACGCUGGACCACAGGACACACGUAUCCUUGACACGGAUACAGAUACCGUUGCGAUGAUCAAGGAGUUAUUGGACACAAGGGUUCGGCCGGCGAUCAUGGAGGACGGCGGUGAUAUUGAGUAUAGAGGGUUCACGGAUGAUGGCUUGGUACAGGUUAAGUUGAAGGGGAGUUGCAGAGGGUGUUCGUCUAGUACUGUCACGCUCAAGACGGGUAUCGAGCGCAUGCUCAUGCACUAUAUUCCUGAGGUCAAGGGCGUGGAGCAGAUACUUGACCAAGAAGAGACGAUUGCUUUGGACGAAUUUUCCAAGUUUGAGCAGCGCUUGAACUCAAAACAGCGCUCGGCAGAGAAGCGCGACUCUGACAUGGCACAGUAUAUGUCUGUCUGAUCGACUGCCCGUUGCUUUCUUCCGUUCGCUGUGUGCUACCACUGCUUGUCGACCUCAUAUGUAACUGUAGACUGAGAAAUCCCCACGCGUAUUCUCACCAUUCAUGUCGCAUGCGAGCCACCCACUGCUGUGGCAAUACACUCGAUGUAACUUUUGCCCAUGCUUUCCAUCUGCUCGAGGGUAUUUUCAUGGCAAACUUCAUGGUAUUGUUGGAGGCGAAUGACGAUCGAAGUAUUACAGUGAUCUAGCUGCCAUCAAGUGCACCGGCUCAGUCGCAAGACCUUACUUUUCCCUCCUUUCCCU